UUGUAGUAUUUCGACAUGUAGAGAUCUGGGCAUCACGUCAUAUUUCCAGCUUCUAUUAUCAGAUUCAAACCGAAAUGGCGACUGUAUUCGUGCUGCUGUGUCUGGGAACUGUGUUUGGUCUCUCCUCCAGUGCGGUCCUUACUUGUUCUGGAAAUUGUAACUGCAAUCUGACUACCAGAACGGUAAAUAAUUGUUCUGGCGUUACAGAUUUCCCGGAAAUUUUUCCAAACGCUUCUUUGAUUAAAACUUUGAAUAUUGUGGGUAACAACCUGACCGUUCUCACAACAAGACUACAGAUUUUCGAUAGGUUGGAAAAUCUUAUCAUUACUGAUAGCGGGGUUGAAAAGGUGGAAAAUAACACUUUUCAAGGAAUGGAUAAUUUACAGCAAAUUAUUUUGAGAGAGAAUUUGUUUGAAUUCGUGAGACCUGGGACCUUCGUUGAUUUACCAUCCUUGGAAACAUUAGAACUUGACCACAACAACAUUUCAGUGUUGGACGCCCACGCUGUCUGGAACAUGACCAGUCUGGUAGCCAUUGAUCUUUCAUACAACAAAAUAAGUGUCAUAUAUUCUGAUAGCUUCGGACUUCUUCCCAACGUUGCAAACUUGGAUUUAGGACAUAACAGGUUAGAAACAGUGCCUAAAAGAAUUCUUCGGAACUUCCCAAAGUUAUAUAGACUUCAUCUAAGUGGAAAUCGCAUUAUUACGGUGAAUGAGUUUGAUUUUACUUACUGUGUUUCUCUGAAAUCGCUGUUCUUAUCUGGAAAUCAGAUUUCGGUUAUAAGUGACAAAGCAUUUAUUGUCAAUCAAACUGGAGGCAUACAAGCAUUGAAAAUAAACCACAUAUUUUUAGAAGACAACAAAUUGACAGAAUUUCCGCCACUAAAUGACUUAAACCGUCUCCUGGGUCUUUUUCUGAGUGGUAACAACAUUGACUCCAUUACUUCAGAUGCUAUGAUCGGCUUUCCAGGUUUGAAGGACUUUCGUAUGUCUUACAAUCUCGCCCUGACAGACAUACAACCGGGUGCCUUCCGGAUGCUUAAGUCACUCCAAACAAUAUAUUUGAAUGGUAACAUAGGGCUGAAAAGUCUUCCAGGUGAGUUAUUUAAAAAUCAGAAAUAUCUACAUACGCUCCUUUUGGGAAAUUGUAGUCUAACAACUUUUCCAGAGAGUCUUGGGAGCUGGGAAAGCCUAAACGUGUUAAGUCUUGACAACAAUCCUCUUCACUGCGACUGCGCUCUGAAAUGGCUCUCAAAAUCUCAUGGUUGGAAGAUGACGUCACAUAUGAUGUGUGCGAGCCCUCCAGAGCUCAAACAAAAGAGUGUUUCAGAGCUUACCGACGAUAUUCUGCCUUGUGUUGACCACACUGAUGUGUCCAAUAGGAUCACAAACGGUGUUAUAUUCGCAAUAGUAUCAGUAGUGUUGAUAGCAAUAAUAGCACUUAUCCUGCGAUUCCGUCGCACCAUGGUUUUACGAUGGAGGUACUACCGCUACGCCAGACAAACAGAUGACGUCCCCUUUACUGUGGACAAUGAGUACAGCGACUAUCCGGUGGGAGAUCGAAAGCUUAGGAUGAGUGACCUUGAAAGGGACACGUGACCAGGAAGAUGUCCUAGCAAUAUUAUAAUAGGUUCAGAAACUCUCAUUAGCGUUUACUUACGUAGUGUACACGAAGUUUUAUGAAACAAAUUGUAAAUUAACCUCAAA